AUGGCGUCCGGACGCAAGGAUUUUCUUAGCCAGCAGGCACCGGAGAAUUAUGUCGCUGGUCUGGGUCGUGGUGCGACCGGCUUCACCACGCGCUCUGACCUGGGACCUGCGCGCGAAGGCCCAACACCCGAACAGAUCCAAGCCGCUCUGACGAAACGAGCUCAGCUUCUGGGAGCUGCUGCACCGACUGCGUAUGGAAGUCAGUCACGCGAAAAGGGAGGCAAGGAUGAAAAGGAAGAGGAGGAAGAUGAGCGUUUUCAGGAUCCCGAAAACGACACCGGUCUAUUUGCCUACGGACAGUUUGACCAGGAAGAUGAUGAGGCAGAUCGCAUCUAUCAAGAGGUAGAUGAGAAGAUGGACAGACGUCGGAAGAUUCGAAGGUUAGUCACACUCCCCAUACCCCCUGCAAGUUCGUCUUGUUCAUCGGGCCAAGCCCCGGUUGUUUGGAUAGAAUACCGACUUGAAUCGUUCACCACCUACAGGGAAGCUCGAGAGCAACAAGAACGCGAAGAGUACGAACGAAAGAACCCUAAAAUCCAGCAACAAUUUGCCGAUCUAAAGCGAUCCCUCGCUGCGGUUUCCGAAGAGGAUUGGUCCAAUUUGCCCGAGGUUGGUGACCUGACUGGCAAGAACCGACGAGCCAAGCAGAACCUACGACAACGAUUUUACGCCGUUCCGGAUAGCGUCAUCGCGGGCGCUCGAGAUGCUGGGCAAUUCGAUACGACUAUUGCCGAUGAUGGAGCUCCAGCCGGCGACGAGGAUGGCGCAGACGGGACUAUGACGAAUUUCGCGGACAUCGGUGCUGCGCGUGAUAAGGUUUUGAAAGUGAGACUGGAUCAGGCUGCACUUGGAUCAAGUGCCGAAAGUUCUAGCUCCGGAAGUGCGACCAGUAUCGACCCCAAGGGCUAUCUCACCAGCCUGACACAGUCGGAAAUGAAAGCUGGAGAGCUUGAAGUUGGCGAUAUCAAACGAGUUCGUGUGCUGCUGGAAUCUGUCACCAAGACUAACCCGAAACAUGCCCCUGGAUGGAUUGCGCUAGCGCGUCUUGAGGAGCUUGCGGGCCGGAUUGUUGCAGCCAGGAAUAUCAUCGCGAAGGGCUGUGAACUCUGUCCGAAAAGCGAAGACGCUUGGCUGGAAAACAUUCGACUUAAUGAAGGCCACAAUGCCAAGGUCAUUGCUGCAAACGCCAUUAAGAACAAUGACCACUCUACUAGGUUGUGGACUGAGGCCAUGAAGCUUGAAACAGAUACUCGGGCCAAGAAGAAUGUGCUGAGACAAGCUAUUCUUCACAUUCCCCAGUCUGUUCAGAUCUGGAAAGAAGCCGUCAACCUGGAGGAGGACCCGGCGGAUGCACGUCUUCUGUUAGCCAAGGCCGUCGAAAUGAUUCCCUUGUCAGUGGAGUUAUGGCUGGCUCUUGCUCGAUUGGAGACACCAGAGAAUGCGCAGAAGGUUCUGAAUGCGGCACGUAAGGCCGUUCCCACGAGCCACGAAAUUUGGAUUGCUGCAGCUCGUCUUCAAGAACAAAUGGGUACCUUCGAAAAGGUGAAUGUCAUGAAGCGUGCCAUCCAGUCGCUGGCUCGCGAGAACGCAAUGCUGAAGCGAGAGGAAUGGAUCGCGGAGGCGGAACGAUGCGAAGAAGAAGGUGCCAUUCUCACCUGCGGAGCUAUUGUGCACGAGACUCUUGGAUGGGGCCUAGACGAAGAUGAUGACCGCAAGGACAUCUGGAUGGACGAUGCCAAGUCUAGCAUUGCGCGCGGCAAGUACGAAACCGCGCGAGCCAUUUACGCUUACGCAUUGCGUGUAUUUAUCAACCGCCGCUCAAUCUGGAUCGCAGCAGCGGACCUGGAGCGCAAUCAUGGUGAUAAAGAAUCUCUGUGGCAGGUCCUGGAGAAAGCCGUCGAGGCGUGUCCUCAGAGCGAGGAACUCUGGUUGCAGCUUGCUAAAGAAAAGUGGCAGUCUGGAGAAAUCGACGACGCUCGCCGAGUCCUCGGCCGUGCCUUCAACCAGAACCCUAACAACGAAGACAUUUGGCUGGCAGCCGUCAAGCUCGAAGCAGAUGCCAAACAAACCGACCAAGCAAGAGAGCUACUGACCACUGCUCGCCGGGAAGCCGGCACAGAUCGCGUGUGGAUUAAGAGUGUUGCUUUCGAGCGACAACUGGGCAACAUCGACGAUGCCCUGGAUCUCGUCAAUCAAGGAUUGCAGCUCUACCCCAAGGCUGACAAGCUUUGGAUGAUGAAGGGCCAGAUCUACGAGGCGCAAAACAAAUUCCCACAAGCCCGAGAGGCAUACGGCACAGGUACCCGUGCUUGCAGCAAAUCCGUGGCGCUGUGGCUACUUGCUUCUCGACUGGAGGAGAAGGCCGGCGCCGUUGUCCGUGCCCGUUCUGUUCUUGACCGUGCUCGUUUAGCUGUUCCCAAGAGCGCCGAGCUCUGGACAGAGAGUGUUCGUGUAGAACGACGCGCAAACAACCUUGGACAAGCAAAAGUUCUUAUGGCCAAGGCAUUGCAGGAGGUCCCGACUUCUGGGCUGCUUUGGAGCGAGAGUAUCUGGCAUCUCGAGCCCCGUGCUCAGCGCAAGGCUCGUAGCUUGGAAGCUAUUAAGAAGGUGGACAAUGACCCGAUUCUGUUUAUCACCGUGGCUCGCAUUUUCUGGGGUGAGCGACGAUUGGAGAAAGCGAUGACCUGGUUCGAAAAGGCCAUUGUCUCCGAUAGUGACUAUGGUGAUGGUUGGGCUUGGUACUACAAGUUCUUGAUGCAGCACGGUACAGAGGAAAAACGAUCCGACGUCGUGUCCAAGUGUGUCUCAACCGAACCCAAACACGGCGAGGUGUGGCAGUCUAUAUCCAAGGAUCCAGUUAAUGCCCACAAAUCGACGGAUGAGAUAUUGAAGAUGGUUGCUAAUACAAUCAAUUGA